UUGUUUUGGAGGAAGUUGCCCGGGGAUUGUGCACGCGUGUUGCGCGCGCACGUGUGCAAAGGGGAAGGAUCCUUUUUUUUUUUUAAUGCAAUGCAUUGAAAGGAGAGAAGAGGUUGCAUUUGGCAAAAUAAAGUAAAAUGGGGAAGAAAAGCAAGAAGGAGAAGAAGGUGAAAGGAGCCCAGAAAACUGCAGCCAAAAUGGAGAAGAAAGUCUCCAAAAGAGCCAAGAAGGAAGAGGAAGAUUUGGAAGCCCUAAUUGCAGAAUUUCAGACUCUGGAUGCAAAAAAGACUCAGGUGCUGGAGACGCCUUGCUCUCCGCCUUCACCAAGGCUCAACGCAUCUCUGUCGUCACAUCCCGAGAAAGACGAACUCAUUCUCUUUGGAGGUGAAUAUUUCAAUGGCCAAAAAACCUUCCUUUACAACGAUCUCUAUAUUUACAAUAUUCGGAAGGACAGCUGGACUAAAGUUGACAUCCCGAACCCUCCUCCGCCGCGAUGUGCCCACCAGGCUGUUGCAGUGGCUCAAGGAGGUGGUCAGCUUUGGGUCUUUGGCGGCGAAUUCGCUUCGCCAAACGGAGAGCAAUUUUACCAUUAUAAAGACCUCUGGGUCUUGCAUUUGGCCACCAAGACCUGGGAGCAGAUCAAGGCCCCUGGAGCUCCUUCAGGUAGGAGCGGACACCGCAUGGUAGCCUGCAAGAGGCAGCUGGUCAUCUUUGGCGGCUUCCAUGAAAGUGCAAGAGAUUACAUCUACUACAAUGACGUCUAUGCCUUUAACCUGGACACCUUUACUUGGUCCAAGGUGUCUCCUUCGGGGUUGUCUCCAGCGCCAAGAUCCGGUUGCCACUUGGCCAUCUCUCCUGAGGGCAACAUCGUGGUCUAUGGAGGCUACUCCAAGCAGAGAAUCAAGAAAGAUGUGGACAAAGGGACCCUCCACUCAGACAUGUUCCUGCUAAAGGUUGAAAGCAGCCCAGAGAAAUGGUCCUGGUCUCGGCUGAGCCCUUCUGGGGUGAAGCCAACACCUCGGUCAGGCUUCUCGGUGGCUAUGGGCCCCAACCACCGGUCCCUCCUCUUUGGCGGGGUCCAUGACGAGGAAGAGGAGGAUCGCCUCGAUGGAGACUUCUUCAACGACAUCUAUUUCUACGAUCUGGCCAAGAACCGGUGGUUUCCUGGACUGUUGAAGGGCCCCAGGUCUGAUAAGAAGAAGCGAAGGCGGGGAGCAGCGAUGGAGGAACCGCAGGGAGAUGGUGAAGGCGCAUUGCAGCCGCCUUCGGGUCCGUUGGAGAUAGUCAAGGAAGUGGUGGCUGAAGAUGGCACCAUCAUGACCAUCAAGGAAGUGGUCUCCGUCCCGGAGGCCGAAGUCCAGAAGUCAGAGGAGGAAGAGGAAGAAGAGGAAGCGGUGGAUGAAGCCUCCGGCCAGUUGGUGGAGCCAUGCCCGCGGUCAAAUGCCAUGCUGGCGGUGAAGCAUGGGAUGCUCUAUGUCUUGGGCGGGAUGUUUGAAGUGGGAGACCGCCAGUUCACCUUAAAUGACCUCUACGCCCUCGACCUCCACAAGAUGGACGGGUGGAAGGUCCUGGUGGAAAUGGACCCAAAAACUCAGGAAUGGCUUGAAGAAUCCGAGUCUGAUGAAGAGGGAGAUGCAGAAGGCGCCGAAGGAGGGGAGGAAGAGGAGGAAGAGGAGGAGGAAGACUCUGAUGAUGAUGAGAGUGAAGAUGAAGAGGAGGAAGAGCACCCUGUUGUCCAGAAGGAUGAGAAAUACACCGAUUAUCUCUCCCGGACGGAGCCCUAUUGGGUGAAGCUGGCCCGCCAGAACAUGGGCCCCGAAGCCAAGGAGAAGAAGACCGUGAAAGUGGGACAUGCGAUGGCAAAGGCCUUCUAUGAAGGGUCAGCUUAGGUCAAGACGUUUCCUGAGCGUUGCCAUAAUGGUUGUGUUGCCAUUGGGUAACACCAAUAGGACUAGGCACUGCGAUGUCCUCUUCUUGGUGGUACAAAAUGGGCUCCGUUAUGCCCGAAGAAUCCAUUUGUUGCUUUGGAGAGUGACUGAAUAAAUAAUGUUUUCAAAA